GCAGCUGCAUAAAACAGUCAGCCCAGCAGACCUAGGGUGACAUUUUUUGCCAGAAGCCCUAGCAGCAUGGACCUCACUUUUCUGUGGGUACUGCUGCCACUGGUCACCAUGGCCUGGGGCCAGUAUGGUGAUUACGGGUACCCAUACCAGCAGUACCAUGAUUAUGGCGAUGAUGGGUGGGUGAAUCUGAACCGGCAGGGCUUCAGCUACCAGUGUCCCCACGGGCAGGUGGUAGUGGCCGUGAGGAGCAUCUUCAACAAAAAGGAAGGUUCUGACAGACAAUGGAACUAUGCCUGCGUGCCCACACCCCAGAGCCUCGGGGAACCCACGGAGUGCUGGUGGGAGGAGAUCAACAGGGCUGGAAUGGAAUGGUACCAGACAUGCUCCAACAAUGGACUGGUGGCAGGGUUUCAGAGCCGCUACUUCGAAUCGGUGCUGGAUCGGGAAUGGCAAUUCUACUGCUGUCGCUAUAGCAAGAGGUGCCCCUAUUCCUGCUGGAUGACAACAGAAUAUCCGGGUCACUACGGUGAGGAAAUGGACAUGGUUUCCUACAGUUAUGAUUACUAUAUCCGAGGAGCAACAACCACUUUCUCUGCAGUGGAAAGGGAUCGCCAGUGGAAGUUCAUUAUGUGCCGGAUGACCAACUACGACUGUGAAUUUGAAAAUGUUUAGAUUUGCUAAAUCUUGGUGACAGGAAGGGGGCCAAGAGGCCUGAGGGUGUCCACAUAUGUUAAUAUCAGUUGGAACGCCUAAGCUGUUUCUCCGGCUCACCUCACUUCUCCCUGAGCUGAUUGGAGCUGCAAUGCCAGCUUUCUGGGACUUUCUGACUAGUCUCAUGCUUAUAAUAAAAUCCACAAUAUGCCAAGUUACUCACUUUUAACGUGUUCCAUAGCAACCGUUUUAUAUGACUGACAAUGGUUUUCUUGCACACCUCCUAUAUGACGUUCGUGUUCAUAGUCUGAUACGAUGUCUGGCUCCUGGAGCACCUGCCACAGCCUUGCUACUGCUUUAACUACACCAUGAGCUGCAAACAGGCCUGGUGCUAAGCAGUGUCUGUGAAAAGUUUUGGUGGAGUGGAGAAAAAGGGGCACAUUUUAAGGAAGAUGAUAAUGAAGGAUACAUGCGGUUGCAUCUGUGAGAAUCAAGUCCAGAGUCCUCCCCCAGAGCUGACCUGCUGUGUGGGUGUGACUGGCUUCCACCUUCACCCUCCCCAGGAGCCAUGCUUGCUUGGAAGUUUAAGUGUGGGCCUCUGCUCACCAAGAGUAAGGACACUGGGCAUUAGAUGGGGAGAUGGAAGGAUUUGGGAACAGAGAUGAAAGACAUGGGAUUGGAAGAACUUUCUGAAUUGGAAAAAGAAUGGUAAUGAGAACAAAUGCAGGUAACAGAGGAACCCCUAAGAAUCAAUCUCAAGUUAGAUAAAAACAAAAAAGAAAGACAUCAGUAAACGGGACUCGGAUUAGAAAUUUGGGGAGAAGAGAAGCAUGGUCAGCUUACUUUGAGAAAUGGAAAAGGGGGUUUGAGUCACUGGCACCUGAGGGGAUGGCCAGGACUCCUGGGAAAGCUGUUGUAUGCCCAGGAGUCAGGGGAAAUUCUAGCAAAGUCAUCUGGAUUGGGCCUGAGUUUCUGGAUGGGAAAGGCUGCCUUGGAGAUGCACGUCCCUCCUUUGUGUAGUUUAGGGGUGUCUUCUGCAGAGGUGGCACUCUUUUUUCCCAUUUUGAUGUCUCUGUCCCCACCCUUUGUACCCUCCUCAUCAUAAAAGGAAUAAAAAUCUAAUAUUCACUAUGCUUCAAAUGUUAAGGGUCAGUGUUUACUAUCUCUCCCCCCUCUUUCUGAUUAUUCAUCCAUUCUAGAGAUGACUAAUGUGAUUUGGGCCAAGUACCACAAAAGGGUAGGAAUACUAUAAAAAUGAUGGAGUAUGGUUGGGUAAUCUGAUAAUGAAAGCAUAAAUUGCUGGGCCUCCCUGGUGGCGCAAAGGGUUAAGAUGCAACCUCUGAAGCUAUCUGCAGCCACUGCAGCACGCGUUCAAACCCUGGCCAAGGAGAUACCCACAUGGUGCAGCAGACCUCUCCUGACUUGCCCCCUGCUCCCCUCAGCAGUGUAUUUGAGUCAAUCCUCCUGUUCCCCACUCUGUCUCUGGUGAAUCCUCUCAACCCCUUGCACCUCUGGCCUGUACCCCAUUUCUUGUAUGCAUAAAUA